UUCAACGGAUAACGUUAAUCAGUACUUCACAUCACAGUUCCUAUAUAUAACCAGUAUAUACUAAAACACUAAUAUAAAUCUAGUACUACUAAAGAGAGUCCCCAAGAAUAGUAACUUACUUAUAACAGUAGAAAAUAUAGUAUAGUGAAGUUCAGUUUUGUGGACUAAUGGAGAUAAGAAUAGGGACAAAGUUACUACUUGCAUUAUGGUUGCUGAUAUCCUUCGUGUGUGGUGGUUACUGCCACUGGCUGGAACAAAAGGAGAAAGAAAAGUCAGUUGAAACACGACGCAGUUUGCUCAGUAAUGGACUUGGUUUGACUCCUCCAAUGGGGUGGAGUAGUUGGAAUUAUUUUGCCUGCAACAUUGAUGAGAAAGUCAUAAGAGAAACUGCUGAUGCCCUGGUUUCAACUGGUAUCAAUAAGCUUGGAUAUAAGUAUGUCAACAUCGAUGAUUGCUGGGCUGAACCUCAACGCGAUGAUCAGGGAAAUUUUGCAGCUAAAAAUUCCACAUUCCCUUCUGGAAUGAAAGCUCUAGCUGACUAUGUUCAUAGUAAAGGUCUUAAGCUAGGAAUCUACUCAGAUGCAGGGUAUUAUACUUGCAGCAAGAAAAUGCCUGGUUCACUCGGUCAUGAGGAACAAGAUGCGAAAACUUUUGCAGCAUGGGGUAUUGAUUAUUUGAAGUAUGAUAACUGCAACCACGAUGGAACAAAGCCAACCGUGCGAUACCCUGUAAUGACAAGGGCUCUAAUGAAUGCUGGAAGGCCUAUCUUCUUUAAUCUUUGUGAAUGGGGCGACAUGCAUCCGGCACUCUGGGGUGGCAAAUUAGGUAACAGCUGGAGAACUACAAAUGAUAUCACUGAUACAUGGGAAAGCAUGGUUUCUAGAGCAGACCAGAACGAAGUUUAUGCAGACUAUGCAAGGCCUGGUGGUUGGAAUGAUCCUGACAUGCUUGAGGUGGGAAAUGGAGGGAUGACAAAGGAUGAAUACAUUGUCCACUUUAGUAUUUGGGCAAUUUCUAAGGCUCCCCUUAUCAUCGGCUGUGAUGUGAGAAGUAUGACAGAGGAUACUAUGGAAAUACUUACCAACAAAGAGGUCAUUGCUGUUGAUCAAGAUGAAUUAGGCGUCCAGGGCAAAAAGGUUAGAAUGGAAGGCGAUCUUGAGAUCUGGGCAGGGCCUCUGUCAGGGUAUAGAGUAGCUUUGGUGCUUCUCAACCGUGGUCCUCAGAGAAAUGAAAUAACAGCAAACUGGGAUGACAUUGGAAUUCCUCCUAACAGUGUUGUAAUGGCAAGAGACCUUUGGGAGCACAAGACAUUGGAGACAAAAUUUGUAGGGAAUUUGACAGCUACAGUGAACUCUCAUGCAUGCAAGAUGUAUGUAUUGAAGCCUGUUGCUUGAAGGAUUCAGCUAAUGGUUGGCACCAGAUUUCUCAGUGUCUUCCUCUCAAUUUGUUAUUAAGUACAAAAAUGAACUUGUCAUUUGUACAAAGAAUCAAACAUCAUUAAUAAGAUGUUAUGUAUGAGUUUUCUCUA